GGUUAAUUUGUCUAUUUAUUCAGUAUAGAUACCGAAAUGCAAUCCGCCACAAGUACAGGGACUUCUCCGGUGCUUUUACCCGAAAUUGUCUGGUCUUAGGGGAAAAAAAACUGUAAUGCGAAAACAAGCGGAAAAUGAAGCUUUUUUUUUCUUUUACGUGAUUUAAGCAGAAUCAAAACAGUAAUCAAAACACAAAUUCUGAAGAGGAUCUAAGAUUUAGCGUUUCAAAAAUUAGAAUUGUUGCUGAGAAGAUUUUUGUUCUUCAGCUUUCCAAUUUGGAAGGGUAAUCCAAACGGAGCUCAACUCAAAGAUGAAUCUUUAUUAAGUGUUUAUAAUCUAGAAAGAAAUGAGCACUGUGGUUCAUAGAACUCCAAAAUCAGGGAGGCAGUCAUUGUUUUUCCAAGACUUGGCAUCACCAAUCUCUGCCCGGAAAGGGAAAUUCUCUAGUCCAGGUCAAGCAGCAGCAGUCUCGGCUUUAUGGCGAGACAAUUUCAGAGGCUCAGAUCUUCCGCCUCCUCCUAUGUACACCUUGGAGGACCGUGUGGAUUUUUCACCCGAAUCUGGAGUAUUGGAUUAUCCUAUAUCUUCCGAAAUCAAGUCAGAUCCAAGAACUCCAGUCCGAAGUUCUGGACGUGACUUCUCUACUCCAGCAACGAACAAGUCAAGGGCUAGCACUUCAUUUGCAGUACUUAAUGGGCAGUCGAAUCAGCAGAGCCCAGGGAGUUCGAGUUGGUGGUCACCCAAGUCAAGUAGGAGUGAGCAAGAUGACAAGGGAAAGGGCUCUCCCGUUGAGGGCAUGGCUCAGCCUGGUGCAUUGAUCACACUUCCACCUCCAAGGGCAGUUGCUAGGCCAGAGAUACAGAGGAACUCCGUACCUACAGCAAAUCUAGAUGAGGAAGAAUGGGUUACUGUUUAUGGAUUUUCUCCUGCUGAUACAAAUUUAGUUUUGCGAGAGUUUGAAAAGUGUGGUGUGAUAUUGAAACAUGUUCCUGGGCCAAGAGAUGCUAACUGGAUCCACAUUCUUUAUUCGAAACGAUCCGAGGCUCAACGGGCUCUUGGCAGGAAUGGAAUGCAAAUUAAUGGAGUACUAAUGGUUGGUGUGAAGCCAGUGGAUCAAAUGCAACGCGAGGCAUUAAAUGAAAGAUUGAAUAAUCAGGGCUUCAUGACUUUGACUCCGGCAUCAAGUAGAACAUCAGAGUCUAACAAUUUCAGGCCACCUCGACCGUACUAUCUUCAAAACGGCAAUGCCAAUGCGCGACAGUCGGGAGGUGUUAUGGCAAGCCCUACAAAAUCACUAGGGAACAAAGUCAUGGAGUACUUGUUUGGAUCUUAGGAAUCUACAUAUCAGCACAAGACAGGACGUAUAAUUUCAAUAGAGUGAAUUUAUGAUUCCACUUGAAGGAGCAAUUUUCCUUGCAAUGAAAAUUGUUGCAGAUUUUUUUGUAAUUGUUAUUGUUGAAUUUUUUUUUUUUGUAAUUUUCAAUUGCAUAAAGCCAGAGUUAAAACGAGCAAUGCCAGUGAAUAUCUUUCUUUCGGGCCCAAAAA